AAUCCCAUCAACCACCGCUUUGCGGGUUUUCAUGGACCUGACCUGGGCGGGUCUGACCACAGACGUGUGUGUAUGCAGGGCGCUCGUGCUCGCUGACCUCAGGGUUGUCUGACCCGCGGCCGCAGCUUAAUGAAGGACCGCCCCUGUGAAGGGUCCACGGAACCACUGGGAGAACCCCGGGAACCCGGAAACUUUCUCUAACUAAGCCAGGUUGCGCUCCGCCACUGAAAGUCACCUGUUUCACCUGGUCAGUAUGAGCACGUAGAUUGCGCCGGCGCGGUGCAUGCUGGGAGACACGGAAUCAGGGCAGCAGCGGCGGACUGAAGUGAACCUCCAGCGGGCUCGACCCCGAGGACGGACCCGGAGGAGUCAUGAAGCUGACCGGCCAGCGUGUCACGGUGUAGCCAGGAGGACGUCCCGCGGCGUCAUGGAGCCAGAUGUGAUCCGCAUGUACUCGUCGUCCCCUCCCCCGAUGGAGGACGGUGCAGAGGAGGACGAGGACGAGUUCGGAGACUUCGGGACCUUUUCUGGGGUCCCCGGCAGCAUCAGCUUCUCUGAGCUCGACACCCCCACGACCUUCAACCAGACCCAGGCCCUGACCGCUACCUCACCCCCGGAGCUCCUGGCCAGCAGGGGGCUGGGCCCCGAGCUGUCCAGGGUGAAUGGUGUGGUUCUGGGGGGCGAGCCCGCCAAUAGGGCGGAGGUGACGAAGGUGAUUUGCUCACUGGACUGCUCCGUGAAGACCGACUGCAACGGCAGGGACUCGGGGGCGAUGACCAAUGGGUUUGAGAGCCUCAGCGUUCAGGGAUCCCCUCCCUCCAGAAAUGCUGUCCCUUCUUCUGGGGGGGGCCUGCCCCUGGACGACACGGGGAGCCCCCCCGCCAGUAGUCCUGAAAACGACUUUGCAGAUUUUGCGGCGUUUUCUGAAGGGCUCCCAAUCCAGACAGAGGACAGCCCUGUUGGGGGGCAUCUGCAGGCGGGGGCAGCCUGUCGGAACUGUCAAAAUGAUCUGGGGGGGGCACCAGGGGACACAAUCAGGGACACGAACGGGACCGGAUCAGAGGCAGAACUGGAGCAAAGCUGUCCUGCUGAGGCCCCUCCCUCGCCCUCUCAGGAGGUCCCCCUCUCCAGGGAGGCCGAGGCCCCGCCAGCUGUGAAUGGGCUGGACGGGGCUGAAGGGGGGCAGGAUCAACCGGAGGCCCGGGUGUCCCCGGAUGAGACGGAGACGUCCUUGGGCCGGCAGCUGUCCACAAACGACCUGGAGGAGUACGGCGACAUGAGCCCCACCUGCUCGGCCCCCUCCCCGCCCAUCCAGAGCGGCACCCCCACCGACAGCAGCCCGCUUGGGGAGGGCGACGAGGACUUCGGGGACUUUGGCGAGCCCGCCUCCUUCUGCGCUCAGGGCUUUGCAGAGGUUGGGCCGCCGGACGCCGAGCAGGACGCAGAGCAGGACGCCGACGACUUCGGCGACUUCAACUCCCCCAAGUGUCGGGGCCCCGAGGACGCCAGCACAGGGGGGGGCUCCAGCCUGCCUGUCAGCGACAGCUUUGGGAACUUCAGCUCGGCGGAGGGCAGCGCCGGGUGGAGCGCCUUUGAGGAGCCGCAGCAGGUGGACGGGGACACGUGGGCGGAGUUCAGCGCGGAGACGGGGGAAGCUGGAAUGCAGACGGCGCCCCCCUCCAGCCGGGUGGAGACUCUGUUUCAAAGCUGCUUCCCGGCUGCAGCCGUGCCGCUGCUGGACGAGCAGGUGGCGGUUCUGAAAGUCCUGCUGGACGGGGCGGACCCCAGCCCAGAACCUGGACCCCACAUGCAGGAGGAGGGGGCCGGCUGCAGAAGGUGUGGCGGGGUGUGGGCGCGGCUCCAGGACGUGCACGAGGCGCUGGGCCUCAAAUACCAGUGGGGGGGCUCCCACUGCAACAAAGCCCUGCUGGGCUGUUUGGGCAUCGACACCCGGAACAUCCUCUUCACAGGACAGAAGAAGCAGCCCGUCAUCGUCCCCAUGUACGCUGCCGGCCUGGGGAUGCUGGAACCGACCAAAGAGCCCGUGAAGCCCAUCUCUGCAGCAGAGAUGAUCACCGCCAUCGGUCAGGUGCCUGUAGAGGACGCCGCGUGCUCGCCCUCCUCUGUGCAGGAGGGGCUCCCCCCCAUCCAGUUCGACUGGAGCAGUAGUGGCCUUACCAACCCGCUAGAUGCCAGUGGAGGCUCCGCCCUCUUAAACCUGGACUUCUUUGGUCCCGUGGAGGACUCGGGCUCCACCAGCUCUGCCUCUAUCCCAGGCGUGGACCCGGAGCUGUUCCAGCUCACCACCUCUAAACUGGACUCGGGCGGCACCAGCGGCCGGGUGGCAGAUGCCUUCGCCCGCCUGAUGUCCACCGUGGAGAAGACCAGCACCUCCACCAGAAAACCCAGGAAGGAUGAGAACCUGAGCGAGGAGGCGGCCAAAGUGAUCGCCGCCCUGCCCGACCUGUCCUUCAUGCACGCCAAGGUGCUGAUGUUCCCCGCCACCCUGAUGCCGCCCUGCUCGCAGGCCACGCCCGACUGAUGCCCCGCCCAGUCCAGAUCUUUUUUUUCCCCUUCUCCAGCUUUUUAUUUUUCCUAUUCUUUCUUAGCCUAAUCUUCUGUUUUCUUUGUGAUUGGAGGGGGGGGGGGGUCCUCAUAAUCAGGAACAGGAUGUUGGUUUAACUCCGUGAUUUUAUUUUGAAGGAACAUAAAGCUCUUACUCUGGGACAGGAGAUGUUGGGGCGUUUUUCCUGGACUUACAGAUGCCAUCUUCAUGUAGGCUCCGCCCUCUCCCCCCCACCCCCCCCUGUUUGUUUGUUUGGUUUUUGUGGGACGACCUGUGUUCAAACUACUGACGGGAAUGAAGGGACCAAUUUGUGUGUUCGGUUCUGAUCUGCUCAACGGCCCCCGGGGGAGGGGGGGUUUGCACAUUGUAAAGAUGAAUGGGGGGGGGGGGGUUACUGUUGGGAAAGUUCCUAUGGAAACGGCAGCGUCACUGAAGAGCCCCCUCCCUCUGGGUGGGCGCGCAUGUUCCGGUUCUUUCCAGACUGUAAGCGUGUAAAUUUGAAUUUUAAUGUACACAAGAAAUUAAAAUAAUUUAAGAGAA